AUGGGAGAAGCUCAAACUGGAUGGAUGUUCGAUGUGUUCGUUAGUUUCAGAACUGAAGACACUGGCAAUAACUUCACUGAUCAUCUAUACACUGCUCUGGAUCAAAAGGGAAUUGUCACCUUCAGACACGACGCACUUGAGAGAGGAAAACCCAUUUCCACAGAAAUUCAGAAAUCGAUCAGAGAAUCGAGGUUUUCGAUCGUUGUCUUCUCAAGAAGCUAUGCUUGUUCAAAUCGGUGCUUGGAUGAGCUUGUGGGGAUCCUUGAGUGCAUGAAAUCAAAGGGUCAGACCGUUUUCCCAGUUUUCUAUGACGUGGAUCCAUCUGAUGUGCGCAAACAGAGGGGUUGUUUUGAGAAAGCCUUUUGCGAACAUAAGCAAUAUUUCAUGGACAAGGUGGAGAGCUGGAGGGCUGCACUGGAAGCGACAGCUAAUCUCUCUGGAUGGGAUUUGAAGAACAAGUCUGAGGCAAAAGUUAUCCAAGAGAUUGCUGAAAAGAUAUUCAAUCAAUUGAGCCAAGAGGUUUCAAGUGUGCCCAAGGAUUUAGUUGGAAUAGAUUCCCUCGUCAAGGAAAUGAAUAUGUACUUAGAUAAGGGGGUGGAUGAUGUUCGCAUUACAGGAAUCUGUGGGGAGAAAGGAAUAGGCAAGACAACUAUUGCUCAAGCUGUUUUUGACAGUCUGUCUGUCAAAUUUGAUGGUAGCAGCUUUCUUGCCAACAUAACAGAAGUUUCUGAAAAACAAGGCCUAGUUCCAUUACAGGAACAACUUAUUUCAGAAAUCCUCAUGGCAAGGAAUAUGAAGAUAAGGAAUGUUCAUAGAGGCGUCAAUACAAUCAGAAACAGCCUAUGCCGUAAAAAGAUUCUUCUUGUUCUCGAUGGCGUGGAUCGAUUAGAACAACUAGAAAACUUAGGUGGAAACCGUGAUUGGUUUGGUGCGGGAAGUAGAAUCAUAAUAACAACCAGGGACGAAAACUUGCUGAGCAGAUAUAGAGUGGACAGAAUAUACAGAGCAGCGAAGUUGAAUCAUGAUGAUGCUCUUCUGCUCUUUUGCUGGAAAGCCUUUAAGCAAGGCCGUCCCCCAGAGGAUUAUGCAGGACUAUGCAACCUUGUUUUAGAUCAUGCUAAGGGCGUCCCUUCAGCACUUGAAGCUUUGGGGUCGUUCUUGUUUGGUAGGAGUUUGCCCGAAUGGCAAGGUGCCGUGCAUAGACUAGCUCAAGUUCCUUGCACGUGGGAUUACUUAAAAUGA